UUCAUUCUGCCACGUAGGUGUUCGAGAUCCAGGCACAUGCACAAUGUUGUAGUUUUGGUGUUUCAUCAUGCUGCCUCUGACAUGAUGAAGCACUUUAGCUUUUCUGGCCGGUCUGCGGUUAGUAUUUAAACACACCUCCACAAGAAAGUUUGUAAAAGCACAACAAACAAUCUAUCUCUAUACUAUCUUGCGUAUUAAAUUAUUUCGCUAUACAAACUGCCGAAAGAAACUGCAGCGGAGAAAUGAUUGAAUUCGUUAUUGGUGCUGUGGUGCUCCUUUUGGCCAUAGCGUAUUUUCGCUCCAGCCGGCACAAAAACUUACCCCCGGGACCGCCAGGUUUGCCUUUCGCCGGUCAUAUUCUGGAAUUCACCAAAGACCCGCCAUUUAAGAAGUUUAUGGAAUGGAGCAAAAAAUACGGGGAUACCAUUAUGGUGCACAUGGGCAAUCAGUAUCCGAUGGUGGUGAUGCACGGCUACGACACAAUGAAGAAGGCCUUCAACGAGGAAGUUAAUGCCGCGCGAGAUCAGCGCUUCCUCUUCAACGACUUCUUCCAAGGGCAUGGUUUAAUUAUUAGCCAAAGGGGUUUGUGGAAGGAACGUCGGCGUUUUGCCAUCUCCACUUUACGCGAUUUUGGCAUGGGCAAAACCUGGCUGGAAGAUAACAUUAUCGCCGAAGUAGAAGAUAUGUGCGCGGUGCUGCGAAAGCAGAAUAAACAACCGUUUGACCCCAAAACAUUGCUGUCUCACUCCGUGUCCAAUGUCAUAUGCGCUCUCGUUUUUGGCAAACGAUUUGCGCAUACGGAUGCCAAGUUCACCAAACUGGCUUCGCUGUUUCCUGAGAAUGUCCGAAUAACUGGACCCACAACGCAGAACAAGUUCUCCUCGGAAGAAGUCGAUGACUACAUCGAUGCAUUCAUUAAGGAAGGGAAAAAGCAGCAAGAAAAAGGAGCUGUGAAUAGCACAUUCACCGAUAAGCAGCUAGUGACCUCGGUGCUGAAUCUUUUCGCUGCCGGAACGGAAACAACAUCCACAACCACCCUAUGGAGUUUAGUUUUUCUAAUCGAAAACCCGGAUGUGAUGUGUAAAAUGCAGAAGGAGAUUGAUGACAACAUCCCACGCGACCGGCCUGUACGAAUGGAUGGUAAAGGGCUUCUUCCGUACACCGAGGCGGCAAUUCUGGAGGUGCAGCGCUGCGCCAGCUUGGUUCCCAUUUGUGUUCUCCAUCAGACGUUAGCCGACACGGUAAUUGAUGGAUAUACUGUGCCAAAGGGAACUCUGUUGGCGCCCAACUUGUACAGCAUUCACCACGAUCCGCGUUACUGGAAAAAUCCUGACAAGUUUGACCCCACUCGCUUCCAGGAUGCCAGCGGAAAGGUCACCCAUCCCACCGGAUUUGCGCCGUUUCAAGUUGGCAAAAGGUCAUGCUUAGGAGAAGCCUUGGCUAAGAUGGAACUGUACCUCUUCAUAUCCAACAUCGUGAAAAACUUCAAUUUGGAAAAUGCACCUGGGAACAAGGUGUCUCAUGAGGAUUAUGUUGCCAGUAUUGUUCUUGCUCCGGCCCCGUACAAAAUUGUAUUUGUACCACGAUAGACGAGAAGCGCCAGAUGGUGGCGCAUUUACAGAGGGUGAUUUCGCAAUAUGCUUCCACUUUAUUCAUAAAUUUAUUAUAAUUUCCGCCGCAUAGACUUUAUUUAAAUAUUUGCUCUAUCCGAAAGCCCUUCUUCUCGGCCAUCAACUCCACACGACAACGCCAGGAACAAAGUAUUUUACGGCUCAGGGUAAUUUAAGUUCUAGACAAAGAUCGGCGAGCGACUGUUAACAAACCGCGAAUCGACGUUGCAUACUUGUGAUACAAAAUUCUUUUAAAAAUCUCGUUCGUUCCAAAAUCCAUGAAUGCAAAGUCCGGUGAGUUGCUCGGCCACAUGCCCUUCGGAAUAUACAGACCCCACCCUCAGUAAGUAUUCGAUAAGGUUUUUCGUAACGAGGUAUUGUUUAGAAAUUGGUACCCUGUGUUGAUAAUAAAUCAGUUUUGCUUUUCUGACCGUUUGUUUUGUACUGAUAUUAUGAACACGGUACUACCGUGUUCAAAUUUUGCAGUUUUAUCUUCGGCGCCAUGGUUUUUUCUUAGUUUUUACUUUUUAACUAUAAUAUUGCAAUGUGUUACAAUACAAUCUUUUUGCUCCCGGCAAAUUUGCCUGCUCACCCUUUAUUUUGCAACAACACAUUAUGUAUCUGUAGAUUACGCACUCUUGUGAUGCUAAAAACUCCUACUUGUUGGUAUUAAAUUACUUCACCAUUCUCACUGUUAAAAUACCGCGAUGGUGUACUGUAUUUUAAAUUUCAUUAAGUAGCGGUGUGCUGCUGGUUUCUUAAAGGCCAGCUCACGUCAUGAGUAACAGAGGUAAGAGUAUAAAAGUGAAAAGGCAAGUUUUACACGGCUUAACUUUUACUUAUUAAUAUCUAUAUACAUAAUAUAGGUACUACCGGUACAUGUACUAUAACUUAUAAGUGUACGGACAUUGCAAUAUUAUUAAGUGGGAGUGCCAUCAGAAUUUACUAAAGAAUGAAGACGAAACCAACUGAAAAAGCCCGAACCAACUGAAAUAUUUAAACCGUGCAAUGCGGACUCCAAACGCUUUCGUGUUUUUGGCGAUUUGUCGACCAUUAAGGACAAUAUUACUAAUACCGAAAAAUCCAGUGGAAGUGGACAGUGCACAUUGAGCAAGCUAAACCUUUUAAUUUUGAUAAAGCUUACUGCUUUGGCUUGUAUUAAAUUUGUAUUU